AUGCAUAUUUUAAUAGUGAAUGAUGAUGGCCCUCCUUCGAACCAAUCCUCCCCAUAUGUCCACUCCCUCGUGAAGACCCUACAGGCCGCUGGACACAUUGUCUCCGUCGUCCUUCCUCACACACAACGAUCAUGGAUUGGAAAAGCCCACUUGAUUGGCAAGACGCUCAAACCAACGUACUUCCGCCCCGGCACUCUGCACCAAGAGGACGGCACCACACACUCCAAGCCCUUACCAGCAGGCGCACCUGAGCAAGAAGAAUGGAUUUUGGUGGACGGCACGCCGGCCAGCUGCGUGCAAAUAGGACUAUACCAUUACUUCCAAGACAGAGGACCAAUUGACCUUGUUGUCAGCGGGCCGAAUUAUGGAAGGAAUACAACAGCAGUUUUCAGUCUUAGCAGUGGGACGUUAGGUGGCGCUCUCGAAGCUGCAGUUUGCAGACGGAAGGCAAUGGCCAUAUUAUAUGCUUUCUCCUCAAGGAAUCAUGAUCCAGAAAUCAUUGCGGGGGCGUCGAAACUCAGUGUUAGGGUGAUUGAGUAUUUAUACAAGAAUUGGGGAGAGGACGUUGAUCUGUACUCGGUGAACGUUCCGUUGGUGGAGGGAGUUGAAGACAGGAAAGUGCUGUGGACGAGCACAUUGCAGAAUUAUUGGAAGUCAGGGAGCUGCUUUCAAGAGAUUGAGGACGAGGAAGGAGAUGCGGGGGAGGAGGAGCAGAGAAUUCGGGAGGGCGAGGGAUUGCCAGAGGAAAAUAAGGGAAGUAUGAGCAGACAUAAGCAUAAACACUUUAAGUGGUCACCGAGGUUCACGGAUGUUUAUCAAUCUGUGGAGGAAGCUGGACCUGGAAAUGAUGGGUGGGCUGUUAAGGAGGGAUAUACCAGUGUCACACCUUUAAAAGCAAAUUUUAUGCAUGCUGCGGCGGUCACAGAGGGAGAGCUGAAGCUGCCUCACACCGAACUCCCAAGCAUGGAAGCGCUCUCCAUCUCCUCUAAACACGCCAAGCACUUCUACGCCUUGAUCAACUACGAAGAUACAUAUGUUCAGCCUUUGAUUCUGGCGGCACUCAAGUCACGCCUUCGAGAAGGAUCCUAUACUCUCAUAUCCUCGAUAGCAGAAUUACCAGACCCAACAUCGCCUUUUCUCCAAAUAGGAGCCUACGAAUCGCUCCCCUUCCCUCACAUCCUCUCUCAUCCUACCACCACCCUCGCUAAUGCGUACAUCAUCCGCAAGGCUCUGAUCAGGAAACACUACCUCAGCACCACAGCUUUCAACUGGAUCACCAAGAACCCCUCCUCAAUCCUUGCAACGAAUAUCAAGCCAGCAUGUGAUUUCGAGCUCGACUACGCCGAGUUCCUUGACGAAUCAUUGGUAGAAGCCUGGGAAUUGAGAGGGAGUUUCGAGAGGAACGAUGGGCAAGAGGCUGCGGAAAGGGAAUGGUGGAUUCUGAAGCCUGGGAUGAGUGAUCGUGGACAGGGGAUACGACUAUUCAGCACGGAACAAGAACUUCAAUCAAUAUUUGAGGAAUGGGAGGCUGAACGGCCUGAUUCUGAGGAUGAGGAUGAGGACCAAAAUAACGCGGAGCGAACGGAGGAUAAGAAGAAAGGAGAAGAGGAAGGGGACUACAUCGUGACCUCGCAUCUCCGCCACUUCAUUGCUCAGCCAUAUAUCCACCCACCUCUCCUCUUGCCUUCCAAUCCAAGGAAGUUCCACCUCAGGACCUACGUCCUAGCAGUUGGAGCGUUGCAAGUCUACGUCUACAAGCAAAUGCUCGUGCUCUUCGCCUCAUCACCGUACAUCCCACCAUGGACCCCCCCAACCUCAGACACAGGCCUCAACCUCUCACCCCACCUCACAAACACCUGUCUCCAACCCUCUGUGCACGACGGCACAGUACAAUCAUUCUUCUCCCUCCCCUCAUCGGAUCUCUCUCCAUCAAUGAAAGACAACAUCUUCAAGCAAAUAUGUGACACGACUGGGGAAACGUUUGAGGCAGCAGCGAAAGGGAUGAUGGUUCAUUUCCAGGUGCUGCCGAAUGUGUUUGAGGUUUUUGGCGUAGAUUUUUUGGUGGAUGAGAGGGGCACGGCGUGGUUGUUGGAGGUUAAUGCGUUCCCGGAUUUUAGGCAGACCGGGGAGGAGUUGAAGGCUAUUGUUGGGGGAUUAUGGGAAGGGGUGGUGGAUGUUGCGGUUGCAGGGUACUUUGGGGUUGAGGGGAAGGGGAGAGGAAAGGUGGGGGAGGGAGAUAUGGUGUUGGUGCGGAAGGUGGAGAUGGGGAGGAGGUAGUUGGAUGACGAGGCACAUAGUGAUAGGGAUGGGAGAUACAAGCAGGCACUGGCUGACUCGGCAUUUUGGGAACAAGGCUGAGAGAUCAAGAAAUGGAGAGAGAAACCCUGCUACUUGAGGAAGCCGGUGGGCGUGAAGUCCUCUCAUUGCAGAACUGGAUAACAUCAUAUGGGG